AUGGGGAACACCACCAAAUGCUCAACAAUGGGGUUCAUCCCAAGCUGCUCCACAAUGGGAAACACCACCAACUGCUUAACUGUGGGGCAUGCCACUGAAUGCUCAACAAUGGUGCACACCACUGAACUCUCAACAAUGGGGCACACCACCGAAUGCUCCACAAUGGGGCACACCACCGAAUGCUCCACAAUGGGGCACACCACCAAAUAA